AUGGCCAUCCGUCCAUCAAUAUGGGCGGCACUCUUGCUGCCUGUGCUGUUUCUAGCCGAUAGCCUGGCCCUCCAGCCGCCGGAGACAUGCCAGCCCAGCUGCGGCGGCGUGGUAAUGCGCUUCCCGUUCGGCAUCGGCGCCGGCUGCUUCCUGCCGGGCUUCGAGAUCGAGUGCACCAGCGGUGAAACGCCGAUCCUCGCAGGCCUCGCGUACAAUUGCUACAACACCACCGACGGGAACAACUUGGAUUGGUUCUAUGGCAGCGUCGGCAUCAGCCCCGCGUACCGCAUCUCCAACACCGGCAACGAGCUCGUCGUCCUCGGGUGCAACACCUUUGCCUACACCAACAGCGGGCCGUCUAGUAAAAACUUAUACAGCUUCUACACCGGGUGCGUGGCCUACUGCGACCAAGAGGGGCGGGCGCAGGACGACGCUUGUGCGGGCAUCGGCUGCUGCCACGUCGACAUCCCGCCGGGGCUCAGCGAUAAUUCCAUGACAUUUGCCGCUUCCCAAGCGAUGGCAACUUUGUACGGAUAUACGCACACGAACCUGACCUACAGCCCCUGUGACUACGCGUUCAUAGUGAAGAAGAACACCUACCACUUCCGGGUGUCCGACCUCAUGAUGGACAAGAAAACCACCAAGCCGCUGGUUCUCGACUGGGCAGUCCGCAACAGCGAAGAUGGCAACAAGACUUGCGCCGAGGUGAAAAACAAGCCGGGAUACGCCUGCGUCAGCGACAACAGCGAGUGCCUCGACUCCUACAAUGGCGAAGGAUACAUCUGCAAUUGCACCAAGGGGUACUCGGGCAACCCAUACCUUAACCACGGAUGCCAAGAUAUCAAUGAAUGCGAUGAUGAGUGGAAACCGUAUUUCCCUUGCAAAGGAGUAUGCCACAACAAAGUUGGUUCAUACAAAUGCGACUGCCCUUCUGGACAAAAGGCUCCUAAUGACAAUGCAUAUGAGAAUGCUUGCGCCUCAAAAUUCCCUGUUGAAGCAAGGAUUGCCCUCGGCAUUAGUCUAGGAUUAUUCAUACUUAUUGUCGCUCUCCUUCUAGCAUUCAUUAUGCUCCAAAAGAGAAAACUGGACAAACUUUUUGAAAAAAACGGAGGCGAGAUGCUUAAAAAUGUGAAAGGUCUCGCAAUUUUCACAAAAGAUGUACUAAGGAAAAUCACAAAAGAUAAUUCAGAAUUUCUUGGAAACGGAAGUUUUGGUAAUGUGUACAAAGGAACUCUUCCUGACAAUACCACAGUGGCAGUCAAGGCAUCUAUCAAGGUAGAUGAAGCUACAAAGGAGGAAUUUGUUGAUGAAGUUGAGAUCCAAACGCAGAUGAUCCACAAGAACAUCCUCAAGCUCGUUGGUUGCUGUCUAGAGGUGGACGUUCCAGUGUUGGUGUAUGAGUUUGCAGCAAAUGGGAGCCUCCAAGACAUCCUGCACCGCAAAAAGAAUCAAGUACUCUCAUUGGACUCACGUCUGGACAUUGCAAUUGGCUCUGCAGAAGGGUUAAAAUAUAUGCAUAGUUAUGCAACUCAUGCCAUGCGACAUGGCGAUGUCAAGCCAGACAACAUACUUCUGGAUGACAAGUUGACACCGAAAAUCGCAGAUUUUGGGUUGUCCAAACUACUGAAAGAAGAAUAUUACGCGAAGGUUGUGGUUGGGUGCAUGGGUUACAUAGACCCUGUAUUCAUGAAAACUGGCCUUUUAACACAGAAGAGUGAUGUGUACAGCUUUGGAGCAGUUUUGUUGGAGCUCAUUACAGGAAAGAAAAAUGUUUAUGAUGAGAAACUUAGUCUUAUUAUUGAGUACCGCAAAGUUUAUGAAAAUGAAAAGAGUGGGAGGGCAAUGUUUGACAGUGACAUUGCAACUGAAGAAGAUAUCUCCGUCCUUGAAGAAAUGGGCAAGCUAGCAAUGGAUUGUCUAAAGGAAGACUUAGAAGAUCGGCCAGAUAUGACAGAGGUAGUUGAACAACUUGUGAUGAUUAGGAGAAACAAGCGGUUUGGGAAAGUAAUCCGUACAAACCAUGAAAACAUUGAGGAUAUUACCGUAUAUAAUUCUCCUACCAACACAGAGGUGGUUAGGGGAAUUACUGGGGCCAAUAUUUCUGCGAAGGUAACUCCCAGCAACAUGGACACCAUUCCUAGUCCAUAG